AUGGCAGACCCUAAUUUUAAUAGAAAUUGCGAAUUAGACAUUUUAAUAGGGUCAGAUCUUUUCUGGAAUUUGUUUUGUACGGGACCUAAUUUACCGAUAUUGAGAAAGACAUAUUUCGGGUGGAUAAUUGCGGGAAAUUUAUUUAUCAAUACAUCUAGUACAAAACCUAAUGACACCGUAGCGUGCUUAAAUAUAAGUCAAGAUAUUUUAAGCCAACAACUUGUUAAAUUUUGGAACAUAGAAGAAAUGCUGUGUAAUCAGCAAAAGUUGUCCUCUUCGGAAGAAAAUUGCGAAAAUUACUUCCGGGAAACUACUAGCAGGGAUAAAUCUGGUAGGUUCAUUGUUAAAAUUCCAUUUAACAAAAAACUAAACAAAUUAAGUAAUUCGAAGGACAUGGCGAUAACAAGACUUAAGUCAUUAGAAAGGAAGAUGAGUAACAAUCCCGACAUGAAAAAGGACUAUAUUAAGUUUAAAUGA